GGAAGCUUAUUGAAAAAUCUUAUAAGCCGUGUCUCCCCUCUAUCAUCAUGGGGAACGUGAGGUCCCUCGGGAAUAAAAUGGACGAGCUGACGGCAAUGGCCCAGAGUCAGACGGAGUAUCGGGAGUGCAGUUUAAUGUGCUUCGUGAAGACAUGGCUGCAUCGGGAUGUUCCCGAUGACAAUACUACAAUCAACGACUUCCACACGGUGUGUGCGGACAGUGACUGCGCCAGGAGCGGUAAGCGGAAAAGAGGGAGGGCUUGCCAUUCUUGUGAACAACCGGUUGUGUAACCCAGCUCACAUCACCGUGAAGGAGCGCAUCUGCAGCCCGGAUGUUGAACUGUGUGCUGUUGGACUUCAUCCAUAUUAUCUGCCCAGGGAGUUUUCUAAUGUUAUCAUGGUGGCUGUUUAUGUUCCCCCCUCUGCAAACCCGAACACUGCUUGUGAUACUAUUCACUCUGCAAUAGCCCGGCUACAGACUCAACACCCAAGUGCCUUCAUUGCUAUCUCAGGUGACUUUAAUCAUGUUAAUUUGGACAAAACACUUUCCACUUUCACCCAAUUUGUGAACUGUCCUACCAGAGAGGGAAGAACAAUAGACCUGCUGUAUGCUAAUGUUAAAGAGGCUUACAGCUCUUCCCCCCUUCCCCCACUGGGCAGGUCAGACCACAUCCUGAUUUACCUCUCCCCCUGCUAUGUGCCUCUGGUGAAGAGACUGCCCACCACAUCAAAGAUAGUGAGGAGAUGGACAGACGAGGCCAAUGAGACACUGCAGGGAUGCUUUGAGGUGACAGACUGGCAGACACUGUGUGAGCCCCAUGGAGACGACAUUAAUGGGCUCACAGAGUGCAUCACAGGAUACAUUAAAGCCCUGCUUGAAGGUGAAGGACACUAACAAACUCAAUAAGAUCAUCAGGAAGGCCGGCCAUGUUGUAGGCGUGGAACUGGACUCUCUGACAGUGGUGCUGGAUAAAAUAAAAUAAAACAAUCUUAGACUGUCCUUCCCACCCUCUACAUGAGGAGCUGAUCAGCCACAGGAGCACAUUCAGUAAACGGCUGAUUCUUCCACGCUGCACAACUGAGAGACACAGGAAAUCAUUCCUACCUGUUGCAGUCAAGCUGUACAAUGCCACUGUAUAACUGUGGUACACUGUCUUACCAUGUAUCCUUAACUCAGGUGCAAUAUGUGUAUAUAGGAAUCAUUGUAU